UCGACUCUCGGCCCAGGGCGCCCCUCCGCCGCCGGCUCCCGCGAUUGCUGCCCCUGUCCCUCUUACCAGCGCCGCCGUCAAGUGCCUUGCUGCCAGGUACGCCGUCGUCAGGUGCCCCUGGACGCGCCAGGCUGGGGCCGCCCCUGAGAGCCCCGCGGGGGCCAUGGAUGUCGAGACAGCAGAGGAGCAGGGGGUUCCUGUGCCCCCUCCAGGUGCACUCGGGGGACCAGGCUUGGGGGUUGCUCCGGCCCUCGGGGGGCGGCGGGAGCCCAAGAAAUACGCGGUGACAGAUGACUACCAGUUAUCCAAGCAGGUGCUGGGCCUGGGUGUGAACGGCAAGGUGCUGGAGUGCUUCCACCGGCGCACUGGGCAGAAGUGUGCCCUGAAGCUCCUGUAUGACAGCCCCAAGGCCCGGCAGGAAGUGGACCACCACUGGCAGGCCUCAGGUGGCCCCCACAUCGUGUGCAUCCUGGACGUGUAUGAGAACAUGCAUCACGGCAAACGCUGUCUCCUCAUUGUCAUGGAAUGCAUGGAAGGUGGUGAGUUAUUCAGCAGGAUUCAGGAGCGUGGUGACCAGGCUUUUACUGAGAGAGAGGCUGCAGAGAUAAUGCGGGAUAUUGGCACUGCUAUCCAGUUCCUGCACAGCCAGAACAUUGCCCACAGAGAUGUCAAGCCUGAAAACUUGCUCUAUACGUCCAAGGAGAAAGAUGCUGUGCUUAAGCUCACUGACUUCGGCUUUGCCAAGGAGACCACCCAAAAUGCCCUGCAGACACCCUGUUACACUCCGUAUUAUGUGGCCCCUGAGGUCCUGGGCCCAGAGAAGUAUGACAAGUCGUGUGACAUGUGGUCCCUGGGUGUCAUCAUGUAUAUCCUCUUGUGUGGCUUCCCACCCUUCUACUCCAAUACGGGCCAGGCCAUCUCUCCAGGGAUGAAGAGGAGGAUUCGUCUGGGCCAGUAUGGCUUCCCCAAUCCUGAGUGGUCAGAGGUCUCUGAGGAUGCCAAGCAGCUGAUCCGCCUGCUGCUGAAGACAGACCCCACUGAGAGACUGACCAUCACACAGUUCAUGAACCAUCCUUGGAUCAAUCAAUCAAUGGUGGUGCCACAGACCCCACUCCACACAGCCCGAGUGUUGCAGGAGGACAAAGACCACUGGGAUGAAGUCAAGGAGGAGAUGACCAGUGCCCUGGCCACCAUGCGGGUGGACUAUGAUCAGGUGAAGAUCAAGGACCUGAAGACUUCUAACAACCGGCUCCUCAACAAGCGGAGAAAAAAGCAGGCAGGCAGCACCUCGACGUCACAGGGCUGCAACAACCAGUAGCUCAUGGGUCUUUGGAGGAGUUAGGCUUCUCAGCCCGGGUGACAGACUACAUCUGAGGCUCUGGCCAUGAGGGCCCAGGGUCAAUCUUUUAACAAAAGGAUUAUUUUGUCAUUUUAAUUUGUUACUUAGAACUUCAGGAUGGAGGACCCUGACCCAAAACCUCCUUCAGAGCAGCCCCAGAUCAGGCUCAGGCCCUAGAAAAGGCCAGGGCCUAGAGGAUAGGGAGUCACUUGCUGCACCUUUGGCCAGCGUUGCCUGAGUGAGGCUGUAUCUCUGUCCCACCCGAGGCAUGGCUUUAGCCUUCUAGGUCACUGGGAGUUGUGGCUGGACUUCCUUUCUUCCUUGGAGACACCCAUGUAGGAUAGACAGAUGGGCUUGGCCUUGAGAAAGGCAUCUGGCUAUUGGUUGUCAUGGUGACCAGGGACAGUGUUACUGUCUGUAAUUGCUGAGUAAAUGAGCAAGGGAGGAAGAAGAAACAAUUGAGGGCCUACCUUUGCCUUCUUGGGGAGACUGGUCUCUUGCUCUCUAGCUGACCCUCUCAGGCUGCCCCUUCUUUGAUCUCCCUGAAGCUGCUGGGCCCAGCCUGCUGUCUCCCUGGAUGGUGCAGCCCUGCCUUGCUGCAGUUCAAUACUGGAUGGCACUCAGAGCUCUCUCCACAAGGAGUUCUUGGGCCUAGCCAUCCUGUCACUACCCACUACACAAAGGUUGAUUUCUCAUCUCAACUGAAGGUAGGGGGUAUCUUUAAUCCUUUUCAAUUUUGGAAAAUGUCACUGUGACAAAAGCCGCCUAUCCUCACCUGCUUACCAGAUCCCAGGUAGGACAGCCCCUCUCUGUUGAUGCCAGGGGUUACCUUUUGUUGUAUUCUUAUGAGACAGGAUGGUUGGCUCCCAUUAACCAGGGGUCUCUUUCUGACUCUAGAUCAGACCCGAGGUGGUAGAAGGCUGCUGAGCCAUGCUCAGAAGGUGUGGUCCUGGCUUCAGCCUGAGUUGGAGCAGAGAGCCCUCCUGGCUGAUCCAGGCUUACCCUGUCCCACCCUGCCAAGUAUAGCCUCAAGGUGCUGAGUGCUUGAUAUGGGGACUGACAAGUGCCUGACACCCAGCCUAGUUCCUGAUUCCUGGCCCCUCUCUCACUGGCUGGGAAUCUCUAGACUAUGUCACAUAGAACAAUGCUGCUGGGUUUUACAUCCACAUAUUAAUAAACACUGUUUUGACAUUUUC